AUUCCUUUAUACAAAUAAAAAUUUGAAUAUAUUUUCUUAGACAAAUUCUCAUUUCCUUCCUUAAAUCCCACGCAUUGUACCUUGUUUGAAGAGGGACAGGAUAAACACUCCAGAACUUUCUUUUGUUGCAUCUCCAUAUCUUCUUCCCCCUCUUUCUUUCUCAUCCCUCAACAAUGGCUGCUCUUCGCAAUGCAGUAUUGAAACACAUUAGGGUGGCGGUUAGUCCACACUCCCAAAACCCUAACUCUUCAUUUUCGAUUUCAUCUUCCUUAAACUCUUUACUCACUCGCCGCCAUUAUUGCGACGAGGUUCGAGGUUCUUUCCUCGACAAGUCCGACGUCACUGAUCGUGUCAUCAAUGUCAUUAAAAACUUUCAGAAAGUUGACCCUUCCAAGGUUACCCCCAAAGCACACUUCCAGAAUGAUCUUGGGCUAGAUAGUUUGGAUUCUGUUGAAGUUGUGAUGGCUCUUGAAGAAGAAUUUUGCUUUGAGAUCCCAGACAAUGAAGCAGACAAGAUCAACUCUAUCGAAAUGGCAGUUAAUUUCAUUGCUUCACACCCUCAAGCAAAAUAGAUGGCCAGUUUCAUAUGUCCCGUUUACUUAGCUAUCAGAAUUUUACAGAAUUUGCUUUAGAGACAACUUGGGGCUUAUUUUUUUUAACCUUAAAGCAAGUUCAUGUCAUUAGUCUCAAGAGGUGUUUUUCCCACUCAAAUCCAAUUACUUUGUACUGUAAUUCUCAUCUGUAGAGAUCUUUUUUUGUGAGGCAGGUAUCAUUACGCUAAGAGCUGCUAAUAAUCGCUGUAAAUUUCCAAUAAUUUAUGACACUACUGGUAUAAACCCCGUGAUUGCACGGAUUU